ACGGAGUUAAGUCGGAAAAUGUGGACCCUUUUCAAAUUUCAUCGUGUAGUCGAGUCGAAAACACAUAGGCAUUAACCAGAAAUGAAUUCCUACAGUUUUGGAAGAUCAGAAACCCUCAUCAAAUUAGCCCAACGGCUCCGCCUUGCUGAUCAGCAUAACAAUGCUGAUGUCUUGGAUGACAGCAAUAAAGUUGAAGAUUCUAAAAUUCAAGAUUCUGACGCCUCACUGAUUCCUCAAGUAGGACUCAAGCCCAGCAGAGCUGCGGUCUUGAUCUGCUUGUUUGAAGAUGAAAGGGGCAAUCUUCGUGUAAUUCUUACCAAAAGAUCUUCAUCAAUGUCCUCUCACUCGGGUGAAGUAGCUCUGCCUGGAGGUGAGUGGGAAGAGAGUGAUGCUAAUGAUGUCGACACAGCUCUGAGAGAGGCUCAGGAGGAAAUUGGGUUGGACCCCUCAGUUGUGGAGGUUGUAACGAUUCUUGAUCCCUUCCACACUAAGCGAAAUAUUACUGUAGUUCCAGUGAUAGGAAUAAUUUGGGAUAAGAGGGCCUUCAAUCCAGUCCCAAAUGCUGCCGAGGUGGAAUCGAUUUUUGAUGCUCCCUUAGAAAUGUUUCUCAAGGACGAAAAUCGAGGACAGGAGGAGCGAGAAUGGAUGGGUUGUAAGUAUUUGCUCCAUUUCUUUGAUCACCAGGACGAGAAUAAGUCCUAUGUAAUAUGGGCUCUUACUGCUGGAAUCUUGAUCAAGGCUGCAUCAGUUGUAUACCAACGGCCACCUGCUUUUGAAGAGCGUAGGCCUACAUUCUGGAACAGAAGUAGCCAUUGAAGAUAUGUGACUCUGCUAUUACCUUCUGUUUAGGCUACUUGUGAAAUUGUUGGAUGAGUUUUGUUUGUGGUGCUCUGGAUUUUAUAUGGAUCGUGGGCAAAAGUUUGAACUUGCUUAUGAGUGGAUUCUAUUUCUUUUCAA